UCCUCUUAACCGUCAGAGGAAUAUACUCCGCCCUGCGUCCAGGCCUUACCCUCCGCUCCUGUUGUUUUACGAGAAACAAAUUGCCAUAGCGCUGAUAGAAGAAGAUAAAGAAAGAAAUGGCGUGCAGAGCAAUUCUUCCUCGCCUGUCUCUCCGUCCUCCAAUCUCGGCUUCUUCGGCGUCCACCUCUCCGUUCACAAUCUUAUCAUGCCGCCCUUCCCACUCCCUUCGCGCUUUCAGAUGUCACGUUCAUUCAGAAGCCAAGUUGGAAACAGUGACACAACCAGAGGAAGACACUUGUACAUCUAUGCCAUGGAGGAUUAAAAUGCUAUAUGAUGGGGAUUGCCCACUUUGUAUGCGUGAGGUAAACAUCCUUAAGGAGAGGAAUAAACUCUAUAGAGCUAUAAAAUUUGUUGACAUAAGCUCAAAGGAUUACUCCCCUGAGGAGAACCAGAGCCUUGACUAUAAAACUGUGAUGGGAAGAAUCCAUGCAAUUCUUUCGGAUGGAACUGUUGUAAGGGAUGUUGAAGCAUUUAGAAAAUUGUAUGAAGAAGUUGGUCUUGGAUGGGUUUAUGCCAUCACAAAAUAUGAGCCAGUGGCUACAAUAGCAAAUGCUGUCUAUAGUGUUUGGGCCAAGUACCGUUUGCAAAUUACAGGUCGACCUCCAUUGGAAGACAUCCUGGAAUCAAGACUGAAAAAAAGAGCUGAAGCAUGCAGUGGCGAUAAAGUCUGUAAGAUGUGAGUUUCAUCUUCAUUGAUUAGUCCAUCUGGAAAUAUUUAAAAGGUCCUACCAUGCAGCUAAUGGUGCUCUCUGAGGAACAAAUAUUUGAAGUGGGCCAGUAGGGUUCUGUAAUGAAAACUGUCAUGUAAUUCUGAGUAUAUUACUGAUGUAUAUGCAUACGCUGCAGAACAGCUGAAAGAAAGCCCCACCACCGACAGUCAUGUGCAUUCUUUGAAAAAAAUUAAAGAUAAAACUGAUUGCUGUCUUCA